UAAAAAUGGAACCCUCAUAUGAUCACGAACAUCCACAUCAUCUGCUAACAAAUUACAACUCAAAGAAGUAUCCGCAUGUCUCGAGAACUCCGGAAUAUAGCCACUCGACGGGCAGCGACUACCCGGAUCAUGGCGGCUACCUCACCACAGAUGGCCGGCUGAUGCACGAGACGACCAGUGAUGCUGGGAUCUACCAUGUGCGCCAAGGCAGCGAGCACUCCUCGCCCAGCCUCCACUCCCCAGCCAUACAGAGCGCCGGCUACGAGAACGAGCACUCCCUCAACGAGGCGGUGCUGGCGGCGCACAGCCACAGUCACUCGCCCAUGCCGAUGGUGUCCAGUGCCUAUAUGACUGGAGGCACUGCAUCAGGUUCCCUGAUCAACAGCAACAUUCCCUUAUUGAGCGGCAGCGGCAGUGGCGGCGGCGGUAAUUCGGUCUUGAAUAAAUUUCUAUCGCAUCCGCAUGCUGGAAUGGUAGCCCAAGGAGGAGGCGGAGGAGGAUCUGGGCCCAUGGAGGACUGUGCCUCACACUCGCCCAUCGAGCCUUCGUCCAUGUGGAGCUACGACUACAAGGGCGACCUGUGUGCCCCCAAUUGUGGCUAUCUGGAGCGGCACAAGCCGCUGCCCACGGACCUCAAGUACCGACCCGGCGGAACCCAGUCAAAAAGUGCCAAAGAAUCGCGCAUCCGGCGGCCGAUGAACGCAUUCAUGGUCUGGGCCAAGAUCGAGCGGAAGAAGCUGGCCGAUGAGAAUCCCGACCUGCAUAAUGCCGAUCUCAGCAAGAUGUUGGGAAAGAAAUGGCGCUCCCUGACACCUCAAGAUCGAAGACCUUACGUGGAGGAGGCCGAACGCCUGCGGGUGAUUCACAUGACGGAGCAUCCCAACUACAAGUACCGACCCCGGCGACGCAAGCAGUCCAAGCUGAGGGCCAUGCAGCCUGGUGGCAAGGAUCAGGGCGAAAGCUCACCAAAUCCCACGGGCAGUGCUGCCUCUAAAGCAAAUCCUAAGCUGGCCACGCCUCCCCUGGCCACUGGAUCCUCUAGCUACACAACGCCCACCACCGACGAAAGCACCUGCAAUUCCACGAACCAGAAUCUGAAUCAGAGCCAGGUCACACCCGGAGGCGGAGGCCUCUAUGAGCAGCCACUGAAGCCAACGUACUCGCCCAGUUCCGUGGACUGUUACAGCAAUGCGGACAGCUCGGAGCAGAUCGAAUCCCUGGCCGCCAAUUGUGCGCCUUCGCCCACGAGUGGCGGUGGUGGCGGGAGCUACGAUAGCUCCCUGCUGCUCAAGAAGCUAACGAAGGCAACGAGUGGGCGAGCGGCCAAGUCCCGCCAGGAUAAUAAGCUCACCAAGGCCGAGGACAAGGGCAAGGUGCAGGCACAGCAGGCCCAUCAGCAGGGUGUAUAUGCCGCCACCUCUUAUCCACUGGCCUCCACAUCCGUGGCCGUGGUGGCUGCCCGGGGCAUGUAUGUGACCUGCAAUAAUCGAGGUCUCCUCGACCAUGGCCACUCCGUCAAGGGGACCUUUUACCCGCCUGUUUCCGUGUCCGAGGACGAGGGCAGCUCCUCGAUGAGAAGCAGUGUGAGUGUCCUGCAGCAGCACUGCAAUCUGGCUGCGGUAACAUCCUCCAGCUCCUCAGGACCCAUACCGGCCAGCGAAAUGAGCAGCUACACGGUCUCCAUGGCGGAUAAUUGCGGAAAUCUCCGGCUCAGCAUGAACGAGCUGUCUGCCCAGGAGUAUCUGCCCAGCGCCAAUGCCUACGGGAUGCAGUACGAAGACUUCCUGCGCUAUCAAUCCAACGAUUUGGAUUACUCCACCUCAUCGUCGGCGGCAUUGGAGCACAAGGACCCUUCGCCCGAGGUAGCCAGUGGAGUCCAGAAGUGCCUCAAGUAUCCGGAUACGAAUCAGAACUACGACGACUACGAGGCGGAAGCCUACAGCAACGCCAUGCUGCCGGCAACAGCGGCCAGCUACUACACCCAGCUACCCUAUGCGCCCACCUCGCUGGCCGCCUUCCCCCUGCAGCUGGCGGUGCCCUUCCAGCAGGCCACCACAGGUGGCUACGGUGGGCAGCCCAUGCAGAGCAGUUACCUGCACUAUGGCAACUAUGGGGGCUACGAGAGCAUUCCGCAGGCUCAAACCCAGCAACACCAGCAGCAGCAGCAACAACAUCAGCAGCAUCAGCAGCAAUCUUCGCACUCUGCUCCUCCUGUGUUGACGGCUCCUCCUGCCCAGACUGUGACCUCCAAUUCUGCAUCAGCAGCGGCAGCAUCUGCGGCCAUGCAGCAGCAUCACCAUCAUCACUUUGGUCCCGGACCCGGCAUGGUUGGCGUCGGUGUCGGAGUGGGCGUAGGAGAGAUGCUCUUCGAGCAGCAGCAACGCAAGGACGAUGAGAUUAGCAACAUUCUGGCUGGAGUGCGGAAGACCUGCUACAGCAACUGACUCGGAAGCGAAGACAUUUGUAAUUUUGGUAACUAGUUUAGAGAAAGAGAACUUAGAGAAC